AUGUUGCGAGUGAAUGAGUCUGACUUGGGUGCGGUAGUGCCAGAUGACCCUGGUGGGGCUAGGCUGCCGGAGAGUGGGAGGCAGCUCCGUAUUGUGGAUUUCUUUAAGCCGCUUGCAGGAGCUGUGGAAGGAGGGGAGCAGGCUGGAGUAAAGGCUUCGGUAGAUGUUGCUGUGGGUAAUCCCGGUCCACCCUUGACAAAGUCUUUUGCAAGGGUGGUGGGACGGUCACUGUCAGUUAUUGAAGACUUGCCAGAUCCGAUAAAAGUCAGGAAUUCUACAAAGGUGGGCAUUCCCCAGGAGGCGUAUGAGAAAGAGCUGCUUGGGCUCAAUAAUGCUUUGAUAGAAAGAACUAAUUUCCGGUUCAUUACCUUGGACGAGAUAAGGGCUGCUUUUAGAACUGCAUGGAGAUUAGAGGCGGGGGUGGUUCUAUCGCCGCUGGGAAGGGGAUUCUUUCUUGCCCGGUUUGAGAAGGAGGGAGAUAUGGCUGCUUUCUGGAAAAGAGGGUCCAUGAGGGUGGGUUCUCAAACAAUAACUUUCCAGCGUUGGAGUCCACGGUUUAAUCCAAAUGAUAGAUCGACGUCGACCAAGCUGGUCUGGAUUAGAUUCCCAGACCUUCCCUUGGAAUAUUGGAAUGAGAAAAUUAUGUUAUCGAUGGCAAAAGCGGUGGGGAGGCCCGUGGCGAUUGAUGGUCGUACCAAACGUGUGAUGUUUGGGAAUUUCGCAAGAGCUCUGGUGGAGAUCGAUAUUGAUGGUGAAAGGACUAGUGAAAUUCAGGUUGAACAUAUGCGGCUGGGCUCGAGUGAUCCUUUUUGGUUUCACCAGAAUAUAGUUUAUGAAGAUGAGCUUGAGUGGUGCGAAUUCUGCAAAAAGUUGGGACACUCAUCAGAGAAGUGCAGAGCACAGGUGUGGCCUGAGGCUGCCGACGUUGGGAAGGAAGGUGAUCGGAAUGCAAACGUAGAUUCAGAGUGGGAAGAUGGCCGGAGGCGAUGCCGGUGCAGCAGGAAGAGACGUGGUCAGGCUGACUUGUCUCCAGCGAAUCUUGAGAUCCGUCAGGAUUUAGGAAACCCGAUCCAAGGGGGGAAUCCUAAUCCAAUCUCUCCUUUGUUGGAAAGAUCUAUUAGGCAAGUGGAGGAUAUUAGUAGGAAAGGUGAUUCAGUUUCCAAUUUAGGCAGAUUGCAUGACGUGGAGGACAGCAAUCGAGAGGGUGGGAACUACGAGAUUAUUGGAAGUGUGGAGAUGCUUAGAGAGGGUGGUAUGCUGGAGGUGGUGGAUAUAGGACAGGCUGAGGUACACCACGCUGGGGUGGAAAAGGCUGAUGAUGCUAUUAGGGCCUUAGAGGCUCGUGAGGCUGCUAAUCAGUAA